AUGAUUCUGAUUACGAAGCGAUCUUACAAGAUACAAAAACCAGAACGUAAUAUCAUAGUUGAUGUUACUAAAUGUGCUUAUCACGCUUUUUAUCAGAAACUCAAAUCGAAAGAAAAACGUCAUCACUGGUUGGAUUACGCUGAUGACAAAUAUGAACCGACAUUAAUUGAAGACAUAAAGUCAAUAUCUAGCGUGCUCAUACUACUUUCACCUUUGUUGAUAUUCUGGUCAUUGCAUUCUGCGCAAAGCUCUUUAUGGAUUUUUCAAACUACUAGGAUGAACGGCGAAGUAGGAGGGUACCUCAUAAAACCUGAUCAAAUUCAAAUCAUCUAUCCAGCAUUUAUAAUAAUAUUAGUCCCUUUAUUUUAUUCAUACAUUUAUCCGUUUAUGGAAAAGUAUUUAUAUUUAAAUACUCCUUUGAGGAAAAUAACUUGUGGUUGUUUUAUCGCAGCAUUAUCGUAUUAUGCAAGUGGAAUUGUAGAGAUGAAUCUCGAGUACAAUUAUGCAAAAACUCCUGUAAAAGGUUUAGCACAAAUGAGGAUCUAUAAUACUCUUGAUUGUAAAAUACCAAUAAAAAUUAAUACGGAAAAAAAUUUCGUGAUAAAUGAACUUGACAUUUGGCAAGACACUGACAUUCGUGCUAAUGGAAUAGAGAUUUUAAGUUAUGAAAUAGACUUGAGUGAUUGCAGAGCUAUCGAAUCUUUGCCAAAAAAAAGAAAAGUGACCGGAAAUCUUCAAGUCAUUGAAAGCCAAGCCAUAUCAUGGACUAUAAAUGACGAUGGAUUCAAUUGCAAGUUUAUCGACCACGUAGAUAAAUCUCAUUCUGGCAAUCCAAUCGUGCGCACAUUGAUUUAUACUAAUGAUAAUUAUUGCGGAAGUCGGCUUGAUCUAAAAAUUAUGCAUAAUAACAAUCUCUUUGAAAGCUUUGUGUUCCCGAAGCAGAAAUUUAUUAAAUCUGAUUUCAAGGAAGUUCUUCACAACAAAUAUGAUUUAUUUUUAAAUAACCGACUUGUAGAAUCAAAUGUUCCUCUAAAACUUGGUGGAGUUUACACUAUUCUAGUUCAUGUUUCGAAUUCAGCAGUGAUUGCCCAUACAGUGACGGUGACGCAACCCAAUUCUUUGCAUAUAUUGUGGGUGUUACCUCAACAAAUUUUUCUGGCUGCUGCCGAAAUUAUGGUCAACGUUUUAGUAAUGGAAUUUACUUAUUCUCAAGCACCUGCAAGUAUGAAAGCAAUUUUACAAUCUUACUGGAUUUUCGUGUCAUUUUUUGGUAAUGUUCUAAUCAUAGUUGUUAGCAAGACACGAAUUUUCGAACGAAAGAUGCACGAAUUAUUUUUCUAUGCCAUUUUUAUGACUACAAGUGGGAUUGUAUUUGGAAUAUUAGCUAUAUUUUACAAAUAUAGAUAUUUCUCUGACCACAAACUUCAGGAUAAUAUUUCAAAAAACAGUGAGAGAUCAGUAACUGGUAGUCUAUCAUUAAAAUUUGAUAAAUAA